AGCCUUGAUAUUACAGAAGGUCUGAGGCUCCCAUGAUGUUUAGCACUGGGCUCCGAUCAUCCUUGAGGACACAGUGCCCCUCCAGGAUCUUUGACACCUGGAGGGUCUGAGGGGCUCUGGUUUUGAUGUUCUACACCUGUGGCCUUUCCCAACACAUAGACCUUCACCAAGUCCUUCCUGUAUUACAGGUGUAUCUUGAAGUCGAGUAACCAUCCACCGUCAUCUCGUGCAGACGGGCAGUUCCUCCAGAUAGCCAGGCUUCCCUUCAGGUGGUUCCUGCAGACAGCCUGCUUCCCCAGCUCCACAGCAACAUUGCUUCUAGCCCCUUGCUGUCCUAGCCUUGAGGCUGUAGGGCCAUGGCGGAGAGAGUGCUCGUACCCACCCAGAUAGGUCGGGGGGACCGCUACUACACAUACACGGAGCUGUUGGCUAUCUCACGGCGUUUCAAGCAAAACCCCAAUGAGCUCAUGGUCACCUGGAUCCUGCGGGUGUAUGACCAGGGAGGCCCUGCCCUGUCCCUGAAUUCCGGGGAGCUGGGGUUGCUGGGUGACCUCACGCACGAUGCCAUCUUUAACUACCGCUGCAAGGCCCUGCGAGGGAGCGGCUGCCAGACGCUGCUGAGCUGGCUGCUGCAGGCCUGGCGCCAGCGCUGGGAAUCCUCCCUGCAUUUUGAGGCCACUGAGCUGCCCUUUAGGCCUUGGACCACCAUGGAGGAAGGCAUCCAGCUGGUGCGUGAGCUGGGUAUGAUUGAGUGGAUCUAUCUUGACCCGGAAGGGCCUGUGGACCUGGCCCCAGAGGAUGUGGCCUUCACUCAGAGCCUGCAGCGGCGCCUGCUCACAGCAGCACCCUCUGAGCUGCGGCUCUCACUGGUCAGUCUGCUGGUGCGUGGCAUGACGGUACUAGAGGCUGUCAUGGAGAUCCAGACCAUUGCUGACGUGGGCCUGCUUUGGCGCCAGAGCCAGCCAGGCCGCACCAAGCUCAUGCUGGGGCCCAACCCAACUCGAAAGGACCUCCUAAGCUGGCUGCUCAGCCAUGGCGUGCCCCGGGAGCAAGUGGACAGGCAGCCUACUAAGGUACUCUUGGAACUGUACAUCAAAGAAGCCAAGCGCAGUCGUGGCCACCCCAGCUAUGGGCUGGCUGAGGAACAGCCCCCACCACCUCCCUACUCUGACCAGGCCUGUGGGGAGGAGCCACCUGUGAGACACGACUAGACCUGGACUGACUUCGAGAGCACACUUGCACCCUAGGGUUGAAGGUGGGAAGGUUAAUUUCACUGAGGCAGCUUGCAACCUAGGCCACUAGGAAAGAAACAGCUUGGCGUACCUUCCCCACGUCUGUCCCUCCAGCACUUAGUGCCAAGUUCAGUGGUCCCCAAAGAGGGGUGUGCAUGUCCCCAGCCACACAGUCCAUGUGGGAAGUGAGCCACGGGUGGCCAUUUGCUGUGAAUCUAGGGUGCUUAUGGCCCUGAAGUUAAACCCCUUGGGUUGGAGCCUAAGGUCAUGCUGAGGUGGGUGGCCACUUCAGGGUCCCCACCCCUCUGCCUCCACGUGAGCCCCAAAGCACUACAUACAGGCCAUCUUGAAUUUUUUACUUUUUCAAUGCAACACUUACAUAAUAUUUUAGGUAGAGGCCACACUUCAUGGACUUUUCAUGGGUGGUUGACACUUUAGGGCCAGUCUCCCUAUUUUAAAGGCUCAACAUU